GCCCUGAACACUGCCCACCCCAGCCCAGGUCAGUCCCCGCCCGCCCACAGCCGCCAUUUCCGGUGCAACCCUGGGCGCGUCAGGGGUUCUGUUUCACAAUGGCUGACAAUCAAGAGAAAGACUUGCAGAAAUUUCUUAAAAAUGUGGAUGAAAUCACCAAUUUAAUCCAGGAGAUGAAUUCUGAUGACCCAGCUGUACGAGAGAAAGCUGUUCUUGAGACAGAAAAGAGACUGCUGUUUACAGGGGAAGACCAAGAGGAGGACGAAUGCAGGACCACCUUGAACAAGACCAUGAUCAGUCCUCCAAAAGCUCCUACAAAGAGUGCAGAUGAAAUAAACUCAGAGGCCUUCUUGGCAUCGAUGGAGAAGGAUGCAAAGGAACGUGCCAAGAGAAGAAGGGAAAACAAAGUCUUAGCAGAUGCCCUAAAAGAAAAGGGGAAUGAAGCGUUUGUCAGAGGUGAUUAUGAAACGGCCAUCCUGCUCUACAGUGAGGGUCUGGAGAAGCUGAAGGACAUGAAGGUGCUGUACACCAACCGAGCCCAGGCUUAUAUAAAACUUGGGGACUACCAGAGGGCACUAGUGGAUUGUGACUGGGCUCUGAAGUGUGAUGAAAAAUGCACAAAAGCAUAUUUCCACAUGGGAAAAGCCCACCUGGCCCUAAAGAACUACAGCGUGGCUAGAGAGUGUUAUCAGAAGAUCUUAGAAAUAAACCCCCAGCUGCAAACACAGGUGAAAGAUUACCUGAAUCAGGCAGAUCUUCGGGAGAAAGCAGACCUUCAGGAGAAGGAAGCCCAUGAAUUGCUGGAUUCAGGGAGGAGCACAGCCGUGACAACCAAGAAUCUCCUGGAGACUCUUUCCAAGCCUGAUCAGAUGCCCUUGUUCUAUGCAGGGGGAGUUGAAAUCCUGACGGAAAUGAUGAAGGACUGCACAGAACGAACUUUAUUCAGAACACAUAAUGGAUUCAGUAUCAUCAGUGAGAAUGAGGUCAUAAGAAGGUGCUUUUCCACAGCAGGAAAAGAUGCAGUGGAAGAGACAGUCUGUGUGUCUGUUCUCAGGCUCUGGCAGGCAGUGUGCGCUGGGAACGAGGAAAACCAGCGUCUGCUUGUGGUGCACCCCGGCACGGGUGGGCUGCUGCCCUCCCUCUUGGCCUCCAGUGUCCUGACCAUCCGGCAGCAGAGCCUGGCCCUGCUGCUGCAGCUCGCUGAGACUGAGAACGGACGGAGCCUGAUCAUCAGCCACCUCGACCUGACGCGAUUGUUGGAAGCCCUGCUGUCAUUUCUUGACUUCUCAGAUAAGAAGGCCGACUCGGCCAUGAGACUGCUGACAGACUUGGCUCUGGAAGAAAGAUUCCAAGUCUGGUUCGAGGCCAACCUUCCAGGUGUUCUCCUGGCACUCACAGGCGUUCUGAAGCGAGAUCCCAAGGUAACCAACACCUCAGCUCUCUGCCAGUGUAUUGCCCUCAUGGGAAACCUCAGUGCUGAGGCUGCCAUACGGAGACAGAUGUCUGCCUCUGAAGAAUUUGGGGAUGCCUGCUUGGGCCUCAUGGCCAGGUGUGAGGAGGAUGUGGACCUGUUCAGAGAGGUCAUGUAUACACUCCUAGGACUCAUGAUGAACUUGUGUCUUCAAUCCCCCUUUGUCUCUGAGGUUUGGGCCAUGGAGGUGAGCAGGAGGUGCAUGUCUCUGCUGAACAGCCAGGAUGGAGGAAUCCUGACAAGAGCUGCUGGCGUUCUCAGCCGCACCCUUUCUUCCUCUCUGAAAAUCAUUGAGGAGGCCCUAAGAGCAGGAGUGGUGAAGAAAAUGAUGAAAUUCCUGAAGACGGGAGGCCAGACUGCAUCACGUUAUGCCGUCAAGACACUAGCUGUCUGCACUAACAGUAACCAUGAAGCACGAGAAGAAGUGAUCAGGCUGGAUAAAAAGUUCGGUGUUCUGAUGAAGCUGCUCAGCUCAGAGGAUGAGAUUCUGGUGGGCAACGCGGCCCUCUGCUUGGGGAACUGCAUGGAGGUGCCGCACGUUGCGUCCUCCUUGCUGAAGACAGACAUUGUGCAGGUCUUGCUGAAGCAUGCAGGCGGAGAUGCGCAGAAGACGGCCGUGCAGCUGAAUGCAGGGAUCGCUCUGGGGAAGCUGUGCACAGCUGAGCCAAGAAACGGUUAGACCUCCCACUUCAUUUUUUUGCCUGGGCUUAAGCAUAUGGGAGAGUCAUCAGUGAGGCUAAUAUUCUUGUCCUGGACGAAAGCUGAAGCAAGAUGCAGAAUGGCGUGUCUAAGACCCCCUGACAAGCCAGGGCAAGAGAGCUUCGCUUUAACUGUGUACGUUGCUUCUGUUUUAGCUCAAACUUCUGUUCUGGCCCCAUUCUGGUGCAUUUAAACACCUAGUCAUCCGUGUUCCUGGAAGCUGCCCACCCGUGGCAGAGGCUGGAGCUCUGGUAUAUAAGAGGGGUGCCUGCCAUGGACAGGGAGGAGCUCUGGCCUGCCUGGUUCCCUCUCUUACCUCUGCACGCCUCUGGUUCCUCCUCUGUAGAAGGAGAGGCUUGGCCUGGCUGACAGCUCCGGCCCUUUCAAGUUCUGUCUGAUGGUUCAAAUGGAAGGAAUAAA